UCCAGAAUCCAAACUCCAUCGUCAAUCAUAUAUCCCUAUAAAACCCAUCAGACACUACCUAGCCAUUGCCCGUUUAGCUUCCAUCCCUCUUCCCCCUCUUCCUCCUCCCCUACCUCAGCUUUGAUAUUUUCUACCCAACAAAUUAAGCACAAUCCCUCUCAAAUUCACUUCAACAAAUCUAGGAAACGCCGCCUCGCGCUGCUAUCUCUCUCAAUAUCCCAACUUACUCACCUCUUCAACAUGUGACUAGUCUGAAUAUAGCCAUUACCACAACUGCAGUAACUAAUCAGUUGUCCAUCGGUUUCUUGAUCAUUCCAUGGCCUACUCUUAUAGUGAAGUGGAAGGUAAGAGAGCCCAUGACCCUCUUGCAGUCGGUAUCGCAGUGAAAUCAGCAAAGUGUAUAUGGGUUGCAGGGCCAAUAAUAGUAGGGGCUGGCCCUUCAGGACUGGCCGCUGCCGCGUGCCUCAAACAGCGAGGGGUCCCAAGCGUAAUCCUCGAGAGGUCUAAUUGCAUAGCCUCAUUGUGGAAGAACAGGACCUACGAUCGCCUACGGCUCCACCUACCAAAGCAAUUCUGUGAAUUACCGCUUAUGCCAUUUCCCAAGAACUUCCCGACAUACCCAACGAAGCAGCAAUUUGUGGCCUACCUGGACACAUAUGUCAGCAGGUUCGACCUCAAGCCAGUCUUCGGUACAACUGUUGUGAGUGCAGAGUUUGACCCAAUCUGCCGGUUCUGGCGGGUCAAGACUUCCUCAGGGACGAAAUGCUUAGACUUUGAGUACACGAGCCGGUGGCUUAUUGUGGCAACUGGAGAGAAUGCCGAGGCAUUUUUGCCCAAGUUGGAAGGGAUGGAUGAUUUCCGCGGUCCAGUCCUCCAUACAAGUGAGUAUAAGAGCGGGGACAUGUUCUGCGGCAAAAGGGUUUUGGUGGUCGGGUGCGGUAAUUCUGGCAUGGAGGUGUGUCUGGACCUGUGCAAUCACAAUGCUCAGCCUUCCCUUGUCGUUCGAGAUUCGGUGCACAUCUUACCUCAGGAGAUGCUAGGAAGAUCGACUUUUGGAUUGAGCAUGUGCUUCCUCAAGUGGUUUCCAGCUCACAUUGUGGAUAGGUUGCUACUUCUCGUGUCACAUUUCAUGAUUGGAGACACGGCAAAGUAUGGGCUGAUUCGGCCUAAGCUCGGCCCCCUUCAGCUCAAGAAUAAGACAGGCAAGACACCCGUGUUGGAUGUUGGCACGCUUUCUCAUAUCAAAAGUGGGAAGAUUAAGGUUUUCCGUGGAAUAAAGAGAGUACGACAUGAUUCAGUGGAAUUUGUUGACGAGAAAGAAGAGAAGUUUGAUGCAAUCAUCCUAGCUACCGGUUACAGAAGCAAUGUACCCUCAUGGUUAAUGGAUACAGAUAUGUUUUCGAAGGAAGAUGGGUUCCCCAAGGAGCAAUUCCCACAUACAUGGAAAGGCAAGGACGGUUUAUACGCCAUCGGGUUCAACAAAAGAGGCCUAUUAGGCGCAUCCAUGGAUGCGUGGAGGAUAGCAGAAGAUAUUGAACUCAUGUGGAAAGCUGAAACAAAGCGGUUCACAGACCUUACUCGUGCAGUAGCUUGACCUUCAUACCAUGGGAAGAUGAGGAUUGAUUAAUUGGUAGGAGUCCUUCGGAUAUAGAAGCUUCGUCAUAUUAUUUUGGGGUUUGAUGUUAGAAAGAAUUUUGAAGAAGUUAAAUGUGUAUAACUAUUCUAAUUUUGCUUAGGUAGGUUUUUAUUUUCGCUUACAAAAGUGGUCAUGUACCUAAUGAGGGUAGAUGCUAUUUGAUUGAGAUGGGAUUAGAAGCUAGGAUUGGUACGGUAACUAGGUGAUUGUUUAUCUCGUUAACGUUGGGAAAAAAUUAGUUGUGUGUAUACAUAAAUAACAUAUAAGUGAAAUGCUUUUGCCUU